GGGCUUUCCAAAUUGUUCUCUUCCUUUUUUUUUAAUUAAUUUUUAUUUUUUGUAAGUUUCAUUUUUCUUAUUCCAUCUUUUCUUUGCCCUCACUUUAUAUCAACACUUUACUUUGUUCUUAGAUCCUUUUUCUUCUUCUCUUCCUCGUUCCUUCCUUCUUUUCUUUCUUCUUCUUCUUCUUCAUCACUUUCUCUGGUUUCUGUUAUCUUCAUCUCUCUCUCUCUCUCUCUCUCUCUCUCUCUAACAAGGAAGGUUCAGUAAUGGCGGACAUUAGCCACCCUCCUAUGGAACAACUUCAAGACCUCGAGUACUGCAUAGACUCUAAUCCUCCUUGGGCCGAAACCAUUAUAUUGGCAUUUCAAAACUACAUCUUGAUGUUGGGUACAAGUGUAAUGAUCCCUUUCUUGCUUGUUCCAGCAAUGGGUGGCAAUGAUGGGGAUAAAGGACGGGUGAUACAGACCUUGCUUUUUGUAGCUGGCAUUAAUACACUUCUGCAAGCACUUUUUGGAACCAGGUUGCCUACAGUAGUAGGAGGGUCCUUUGCUUACGUCAUUCCCGUAGUUUAUAUUAUAAGUGACACCUCAUUGCAACAGAUUACUGAUCAGCAUGAAAGAUUUAUACAAACAAUGCGGGCUAUCCAGGGAGCGUUAAUUGUAGCCUCAAGCAUACAAAUCAUCCUGGGUUAUAGCCAACUUUGGGGUCUCCUUUCAAGGUUUUUCAGUCCUCUUGGUAUGGCACCUGUGGUUGGAUUGGUUGGUUUGGGAUUGUUUCAACGAGGAUUUCCUGCAUUGGGAAAUUGCGUGGAAAUUGGUUUACCAAUGCUGUUGUUGGUUAUUGGAUUUUCACAAUAUCUAAAGCAUGUGAGAAUCUUACGAGAACUGCCAAUUUUUGAAAGAUUUCCAGUGUUGAUAUGUGUCACAAUAGUCUGGAUCUAUUCCAUUAUUUUAACUGCCAGUGGGGCUUACAGGGACAAGCCAAAUAUAACUCAACUUAGUUGCCGUACAGACAGAGCAAAUCUUAUAUCUACUGCUCCAUGGUUCAAGUUCCCAUAUCCUUUGCAGUGGGGCCCCCCUACUUUUUCAGCAGGUCAUUCGUUUGCUAUGAUGUCUGCAGUUCUUGUUUCUAUGGUUGAGUCAACUGGUGCAUACAAAGCAGCAUCUCGGUUGGCUAUUGCUACUCCUCCUCCUGCAUAUGUAUUGAGCAGAGGCAUUGGCUGGCAGGGUAUAGGUGUAUUGCUUGAUGGUCUUUUUGGAACAGGAACUGGUUCCACUGUUUCUGUGGAAAACGUAGGACUCCUUGGACUAACUCGAGUCGGAAGUCGCAGAGUUGUGCAGAUUUCUGCUGGCUUCAUGAUAUUCUUCUCUACCUUAGGGAAAUUUGGAGCUGUGUUCGCAUCCAUACCUUUUCCAAUAUUUGCUGCACUAUAUUGCAUUCUCUUUGGCCUUGUUGCUUCGGUAGGACUAUCAUUUCUUCAAUUCACAAACAUGAAUUCAAUGAGAAACCUCAUUAUUACUGGGCUUUCUCUCUUCCUUGGGAUUUCUGUUACCCAGUUUUUUAAUGAAUUUUGGAAUCCCACGCGACAUGGCCUUGUUCAUACCAAUGCAGGAUGGUUCAAUGCGUUUUUGAAUACCAUAUUCUCAUCUCCGGCAACAGUGGGUUUGAUUGUCGCAGUGUUUCUUGACAACACAUUAGAGGCAGAAAAGUCGAAGAAAGAUCGAGGAAUGCCAUGGUGGGUAAAGUUCAGAACAUUUAAAGGAGAUAAUAGAAAUGAGGAGUUCUACACUUUGCCAUUUAAUCUCAACAGAUUCUUCCCACCUACUUAGUUGAGACCAGUAGCAACCCAGACAGCCAGGCUAAUUUGAUUUAACUCAGCAGUCUAGGCCAAUUCUAUUGACGCCAUGGAUGAUUUUUCCUGUGCUGAUCUUUAUUCUUCGAAAAUCAACCCCUUUUUUAUGGACAACAAGGUCCAGGAUAGAUAGGACUAUAGAGCAUUGCACAAUAAUAAUGGCAAUCCCUUCCAUUGCUGGAAUUUGAAGAGCUUUUAGGGCAUUAAAUCAUCGGUAUUGUAUAUUUUUUGUUAUUGUUCAUAAUUUAAGCCUGUUGCUUUUUCCUUUUUCUUCACACUCCUUUCGAUUCAUGUUCAAAUCACUCAAAUGAAAUCUCAGAUUAAUGGUGUA